AUGUCUCGCUCUCGGGAUACUAUACGCUCUGGAUCCCUCCGUGACAGAGAAAGCAAUAUCAUGCAACUUGGAGAGCCGUGGAAUUACCUUGAGGACUCGAUACCCACUUCAAGACCGGAUGGACGCGCAUAUACCCAAGUCUCAAGUACCCCUGACCGCAGCCAGGAUCUGGAAUACCCGAACGACGGCUCAGAAUACCCCAUGACGCUUGCCAUGAACACCGGUUCUUGGUCUACGCACGACGCAGGCUCUUCAAGCCCUUGGAGGACCGGUGGCACUGACCCUCUACCCAGGAGUAGUCCCGGAUACGACGAGAUCCCCGUCUCGAGUAGCCCCGGGUACAACGAGGAAGUACCCAUAUCGAGCAGCCCCGCAUACCACUAUGACGAAGUCACCCUCUCGAGCAGCUCUGCAUACGAAUACCACCAAUGCCCCCUCUCAAGCAGCCCGGGAUACGGCACGGUGCCCAUGUCGAGUACGCCAGACCUGUCAUUCUCUGCGUCUAGCCCGUUCCUGAGCUCCGAUCCUGACUACGCUGGCUUUGAUGUCUCUCGAGGUGGUCUUCGUUCGUCGUACCCUGCUGGGUUGGGUCCGAGGUCUGCGUCUACUGUGUAUGACUCUUCAUCUCCUAUCGCGCAUGGUAUUGGCCUGGGCAGUAGGCGCAGCUCGAAGUCCUUGGAGAACGAGGCUCAUGAAUACGCGUACAUCCACGCCGGACGCGAGUUGGGGGUAUAUGGUGGUACUCAGCUCUCUGAACGUGAGGAGUCAAGACGGCGCUCACCGGGUUGUGCUCAGGAUGGCGUAUACAGCCUGCAGGAACGCGGCUCUGACGGCUACUCUAGCACUCAGGAGUCAAGACGCCGCUCACAGGACUACGCUGCUAGGUCUCGGGGUUCUGUUCAGGAUCACGCAUAUAUGCUGGGUGGAAGAUGCUCUGUGCACUCUGUCGAUCAGGUGUCUGGACUCGAGGGGUCAGGAAGGCACUCACAGAAUUACACUGCUAGGUCUGGAAGUACUGCUCAGGGUCGCGCAUAUAUCAGGGGCCAAAGCCGCUCUGAGGUCUAUGUUACCGGUCAGCUCCGCAGACAGGUGGAUGACCUCUGGAACUCACGGGACUAUGCUACUCAGUUUCGGAGUACUGCUCAGGACCACACUGAUACUAUGGACAACAACGACUCUGGGGUCGGUGGUCAGCUCCGUGGACGCACGGUAUCAAGGCGGGACUCACAGGACGGUGCUCUUCUGUUGCAGGAUGCUGCUCUGGAUCGUGCAAAUACACUAGGUAGAAGCGAGUCGAACGUCUUUGGUAGCUCUCAGCUCUCUGGAAGCGAGGAGUCAAGACUGUACCCACAGAUUCCAAGUUACGCUCCCCUUUCAAACAGGUCUUCUAGGAAUCAUCAAGCGCGGAAGAGCAAACGCGCCCGCUCGCCCUCGCCCCUCCCUACUCGGAAGAAGUUCCGCACAACCGAGGAUCUGGAGCAGCGCUUCUCCUUCUCGCAGUCGCAAGAGAGCUCCUCGUUCUCCUUCACCAAUAGUAGUGCCUCCUCUCUGUCACGAGUAUCCAACGAACGCACCUCGCAGCCAUCCGAGUCGAUCUCCCCGCUCAAACUGGAGUUGAGCGUCGACGAGAAGAAUUUCCUGGCCCGCAUUGACGCGCUCGUGCGUGCUGCUGUGGACGUGCAGCCCAGGAAGUACUACGAGCCCGAUUCUGUGCGGAGCCUCAGCGACGCCAGUCGAGAAGAGGGAUCGCACACACCCGUGUUGCAUCACCACCACCACCAUCAAGCUAGGCGAUCUUCUCAAAACAGUGCGGUCGACUUGUCUUUCCUGCGCGAGCUCGAUAGUAGGCUGGCCAGGAUCGCGGGAACCGGGUCUGGUAACGGUCACACGAGGAGGACGGGCGCUAGUGCUGGCUCGGAGGACUCCGGCGACAUUCAAAACUCGUCGCCAGCGCGAAUGGCCCCUAUUUCCGAUCCUCCUGCUGAGUCCGACUAUAUGUCUCAGUCUUAUCCUCAGUCUCAUUAUUACUACAGAUCGCGCUCCUAUCCAAUGCGAUCUGACUCUGAAGAGCUGUCAGAAGCUGGAGUUCCUUAUGCUACUUGCUCUCUGCAGUCUUUGCGCCCUUAUUACAGUGGCGAAUCUCCUCGAUUUACCAUCCCUCCCCCUUUCCCGCCUGAUGCUCUCCAAUAUGUUGCUCCCAAGAAUGCGCAUCUUGCGCUCUCGAGGAAGAGAAAACGGAGCAUCUCUCCGUCAGGUCUGCGCCAAAGUACCCUACACGGCGCCGCUGAGUAUGGUGCCUCUGUGGCUCGCCGAGCGCGUCACGAUGAACAUGUUCACGCGUCGUCCAGCCUGAGCCAAGUCAUCUUGUGUCGCGAGGAGGACGAAAGUCCUCUAUUUGCAUAUGGUCGCUCAUCGACGCGUCCUGCCGGUAUCGAGCCUGCUUCACCCAGUGGCUCGGAGGGAAGCGCGGGUGAUGCCUACAGUCGCGAAGUGGACGAGAGUCCACUGUUCGCUUACGGUCACGCGCCUGGUCAUCAAGACGAAAACCAGCCAGCAUCGUCGAGUGGCCGGGAGGGAAGCGGUGAUGACGAAUCAGGCUCUCCUGAGGAGAAGCCUUCGCCGCAUAGCCAGCAAUGGAUGCCGCUGAGCACUGACACGCUCGGGACUGUGCAGAUUCCAGGCAGUUAUACGAUCUUGGUACCCGUCCUUCUUAACUGGGCCACCACCUCAACCGGUAUUUCGCGACAAACUUCUUUUGCGUCCACAACAUACUCUUACGAGUCUGAAGAAGACACUGACCCUCCUAAUGCCCGGUCUACCCCGCGCGAGAAUGAGCUCCCUUUCCAUGUUCCCGCGAUAGCCCCUCCGGCCACUCGGGAUUUCAUCCCUCUUCCUCCUGUUGACGAAGAGGAGGAAGCCGAACGUAGACUUGCUCGUCUGCUAGCGCGUGAGACCCGACAACGGGCCUCCGAGGGGCUACCCGUGACUUGCAGUGUUAACAUCGACGUGCAGGCUUCUGCUAGUCGGGGUAGUGAAGCGGGAAGCCCUGCCUCUUCCACCGCUGUCGUCGGUACGAGAUCGAGCGUCGACAGUUCUGGCCUACAAUGGGAUGGGUUCCUCGAUAUCGACGAGGAGACGAUGGCGCGUGCGAUAAAGUGGAUUCUUGAAGUGGAGGUUCAACGCUGUCGCUCAGAUCAUAAUGGCCAAUUUGACACCUGGCGUGAGUUGCGCGACCAGCUUGCUUCAUCGCCUGAGACACGCUUCUGCGCCGGCUAUAUGUUCCUUCGCUACUUCAAUGCUAUAUCGCACGGGAGCGAUAGCCAGGACAGCCAGCGGUCGACUAUGUCGUGGAGGCAGGGCCGUGCGCUUGCAGCCCUCGACGUGGCAGUAGCUUGCCUGGCCAUAAGCGCGCAAAUCGCUCAUAUCUCGCAGUUUAACAGAGACCAUUUGCUUCCGCUGUAUCCUCUGAGUGCGAGGACAUUCACUCGGUUGGCUACCCAUGAGAUGGACCGUCAUGAUCUGGAUGCGGCCAAAUGGGAUGUGUUUUCGGCGCUGUCUUUCAGUAUCAGCAAUGAUUCACCAUCGGCUUACAUGGAGGAAAUCUAUGACUUUUCGACUUCCUUUCGAGUCCUGCUGGGCUCUCGUCAGAUAUGGGCCCAAGUCCAGAGGGAAACGUGGCAGCGCUUAUAUUUAGCGCUCUUCGACUCCGAAAUAUUGCGGUUCCCGGUUUCAUUGCUCACACUAGCUGCUUUGGUUGAGUCGACGAUCGACACUCUUGUUGAGCAAUAUGAUGCGGCCUCCGUACCCACCGCCACUGGCGACGAUCUCGAGGCAGAGAUCAGGUUACUCGCGAAAUACCGCGAAAGAGCCACCGAGGAAGUUUUCGAGGCGAUUCAUCACCUGAAAGAUAUGUGGGCUAUAUCGGAAGGGGAACUGGAAGAGAGUCGGCAGUGGCUCACGUCCGUUGCUGACUGUUAG